GAGUGCCAAGCAGCAGUGGCUGGUAUCAACUCCACAGCGUCCCCACGCAACCUCGGUGACCUUUUCUGGGGCGCGUCAGCUCCAGCGCGGAAAUACUUCAAUCUUCACUUUAUUCCCGCCAACGUUGUGCCCACUGUUGCCGCUUGGAUCCUCGCAUUUGCCCGUCAUUGUCAAACACUCGGACCAAGCUCACGCGUAUCCCGAUCGCCGCACGCGCUGCACGAUGGAUGACGAAGGCACGCAGCCCUCGACAAGUCCUGAUCCGUCAACCGCCAGCGCGACAGGCACCCACGGCGAUGCGCCACCAAAGAAGAAGCAAAAGCGCAACAAGCCGACGCUGAGCUGCGAGGAGUGUGUCGAGCGCAAGACCAAAUGUGACCGAACUCGUCCUCAUUGCUUGGCUUGCAUCAAGCGACAAUCAAUAUGCAAAUACUCCGACAUCGCCAACUUGAUCGCGAAUUCCACGGACAAGGUUGGCGCCGGUCGCACUGCGGGACGCUCCAGAAAAACGAGCGCGAGGCCUUCGUUGCACCUUGGCAGCGACCCGCACCCACAUGGCAAGCCGCCCGUUCAGGCCCACAUCCAGGUACCACCAACGCCAGUCAGAGCACAAUAUCGUAGCGUGUCAUUGUCAUCGUCAGGGUCCUCGCCAUUCCUGUUAUCAAACAUACCGUACUCUAACCACACGCCUGCGCCAUUCUUUGGUCUGGGUUCUGAGCACCCCUUUGCUAAUUACUGGACGAGUCGAGGCGGUCUCGCCGAAGUUGUCGGCGUGCUACCAGCUAAAGAGCAGGCAGACAUUCUGGUAGACAAGUACUUUGAUGCUGUUGACCCAGUAUAUCCCAUGGUGCAUCGUAGGAACUUCUAUGCCGAUUACCAACGUUUCUGGUCGCUGCCAUUAGAGGAAAAACAUACAGCAGACCCCGUGCUGGUUGCUCUUCACUUUGUUGUGUACGCUAUGGGUACGCAAUUUAUCCGUACCACUGAUAAUCUCGAGCGAGCGAAGAUUGCCGAGUUCUACAUAUCAGCUGCUCAGCAAGCGUUGCGAGUAUCUUCGUACCUUAGUCGAGCUUCAGUCAGAACGUUGCAGGCCAUGGUUCUGAUAGGAUACUUUUUGAUGAACGACAACCAUGCUUCUGAUGCAUGGGCUUUUGGUGGGGUUCUAGUACGGCAAGCGUACGCCAUGGGGUUACAUCGCGACCCCGACAUCAUUGCGCCUCGGUGCUCACUGAGUGACAAGCAGCAACGGCGGAAGCUCUGGCAAGCCAUAUAUUUCCAGGACACAUUCCUUACCGUUUUACUAAAACUCCCACCGACCAGUGUUUUCUCAGACAUACAGCCAGAAUCCCUGAGCGAUGACCUUGAUGAAUACAUCCCGAACGGUUCUUCGAACAACGGCACAACAGACCCCGUCAUCAAUCCCAUGAGCAUCAGCAACAUCGCCUCGAACCACGAUCUCUAUCCUUCCUACGAGCUGUCAGAUCGAAGAUACAUCCGUUCGAUGUGGCACAUGGCCAACCUUGUGUCCCGCACUGUCUGCAUCCCACGUUCAUUGGCAACGCCCUUGACGACCUCGAUCUCGCACAAAGCCGAGCUGGUAAACGAAUACUUUGCUCUGCACAAGACCUUUCCGGAAGAUCUUACGGCAUCUGACGAAACCACUAUACGCAGCAUGGCAGAAACAAACCCACGCGGUUUACGGCAAAAUUUGUUCUUUCGAAGCAACUUCUGGCAUUGCGUCAUGGCCAUACAGGCGGAUGAGAACCCCGCAGAAGGCGUACCGUGCGACGUCAAAGGUGCGCUGGACGCAGCUAGAAUGGCAUUGCAGCCUUUCUUCCAUUUCUGGGAGUAUCUCAGGAUCGAUGCCAGUGUAUGGUGGGUGUUCCAACACCGCGCGUUUGAGGAAGCGCUCCUCAUGGCACGCAUCCUCGGCCAGCAAGCGCAACCGCUUUCACCCAGUCAUAAUGGCAUGCCUCCUUCAGCAGACCCUCUGCUCAAAGACGCGAAAGAAGAUGCACGAAAGUGUCUGGAUAUCUUGGAUCUGGUCGGCAUUGCACCAGAGAUGCAGAAGACGAGGACGGAGGUGCUCAGGACUGCGUUUUUGGAUAUAUUGUGGUAGUUGCGCGUAAAUAUAGGCUAGAUAGCUGCGGCAGCAGUGUCGAUUCACCUAAUAAUGUAAUAUAAUUAGGAAUUUGGAGAUCAGUGCAAGUAGAUAUCAGGAAGUUUGCUACUGGUGAGGGAAAUAGAUACGAAAGAUGUCUCGGUGUGGGGCGAUGCGGGUUGAUUACGAACAUGCCUGGGCAGAUAGAACAUCUGUUUCAGGAACAAAGGCCGUAAUUUACGGGUUCAAGUGCUUAUGGUCGGCGAUUUCCUGUGGUCAAUUGCUGCAGACUCUGCCGCGGUCAUCGUGUAGUCGGACCUUUGCCAGGCCAGCAUUUUGCUAGCCCGUUUCACGCGCCGCUGUGCCUGUGCGGACGAAGCCGUUACGUUUGUAAGUAGUGGUGUGUCAGCCAUAAGAUGAGGGAUUGGGCACGUAGAUCAACGAAGAAGACGACGUCUUUUUUCUAUCUAGACUGCCCAGACGGCCUGGUCU